ACCUAUGGCUACCCCUUAGUAGAGACAGGGACGGGGGCAAGCUAAGCCUGUGCAGAUGCCUACAGAUUGGAUAAGGAUCCCAUUAGAGCUAGAUGAGUUUGGUGGUUUGCCACAACAGCAAACAUAUGAAUGUGAUCCUGCGAUUGAUAAGAUUGUAAAUGAUUUAUGGAACGUGACAGCAAGGAUCAAGUUCAAGCAUGCACUUAGUAAGUUGAAAGCUAAGUGUGCAAAAAGAAACUUUCAAGUUAAGCCUCCAGAUAUGAAUCCAGAGUUAUGGGCGAGGCUUGUUCAUUUAUGGACUGAGCAACAAGCAAACCCCAAGGGUCGUCCACCGAUAUUUCCUGAGGUCUACACCGGUAGAAGGCAACACAAAAGAAAAGGAAAAGACCAACUGCCUGUAUAUUGUAAUGAUGAGGCUCAAGAAAUUGGAGAAAAAUUGACAGCUGAAUAUGCUGCUAGGCAAGAGGAAGAAAGAUUUGACUCUACAAUAGCUCAUGGUGAGUUAUUACUUAGGGCAACUAGUGGGGUCAAGAAAGGAUGGCUAAAAGCUUUGAAUAUUCACACACAUCCACAAGAUAUAAGUGUGAGCACAUCUAGAUGGGAACCAUUCAGGCCACCCAUCAUAGGACAGUCUAAUAGCGUUAUCGAAUUAGAGCAGACUGUUGAAUCAUUGGAGGCAGAUAAUAAUAGUUUUCGACAAUCACAAAUAACCCUUAUGACAGAUAAUAAGAGCCUACGGCAGCAACAACUGACCUUUACUACACAAAUGCAGCAACUUUACCAGCAUUUAGGGAUGACCCCAACGAAUACCAGUGGGACAAUCACCCUUAGGACACCCCGAGAUAUUUAGGUUUUUCAUAUUUCAAUUAAAUAAUUGUAUUUACU